AUGCGCUCAGCUCUUUACUUCUUUACGGCAUUGCUUGCCGCUGGCUCUGCCGUGGCAUCCGCUGUCCCCCCCACUGGCGAUGUAGGAGGAGAAGACUUGAAGGUGGUCAACCUCACUGAGGACGACCUAGAACCGAUCCCUGACGGAGGCAUGCUGAAAAUUCUAUGUAUGGUGGGAAAAUUAGAACUCGACAGGCGUGGAAUUUUUGACUGCACACCUGUAGUUUGGCGGGUACUUGUAUUAAUUUGGUGUCCUCUAACGGGAAACCAUUCGUAUCUGCCUCAUCGGCUGGCAGCUGUCAAUGUGUGGCCUACUCUAAAAGGGGAUGUCCCACCUGGAGCGGAGAUAGUUACGGUUUUACCGUUCCCACGACUUUCAGUUUCAAUGCGAAAAGCAUCCAGUGCUACAUCUAUUAAGUUUUUGGGAAAGGGUGGAUAA